ACCUUACACACUACACACACAUAUAUUCAUACACACACACUGACGCACUAGCUGCAGGAAUAUGGCCUCUGCAGUCACAGGCAGUGGGCUCCCCUCUGGAGGGAGGAUUUUCACCACCUUUCCUGACAUCCUUUUCAUCCCAGAAUUUGUUUUCGGGGGCUUGGUGUGGACCCUGGUGGCCUCGACCCGUGUGUUUCUUGAUAAUCCUCAGGGCUGGGUGAUGUUCGUCGCCAUCUUCUGCUUCAUCAUGACCACGCUCUGGUUUUGCAUCUUCCUCUGUGGAGCCAAUCAGAGCGGUGUCUGGCCCGGCCUGGAUGUGAUGUAUCACUUCAUCGCAGUGCUUUUCUAUUUAAGUGCAUCAGUCGCUCUGGCCUACGUCACCAUUAUCUUAAAAUCAGGCCCAGACUCUCCCCUGUUUAAAAUGUACCAGGAGGACAUUGCUGCUGUGGUGUUUGCUUACAUUACAACGCUGCUCUACUUCCUCCACACCAUCUUCUCUGGUCUUCGGUGGAAAUCCCUUUAAAGACGCCCAAAUACAAGAGACACGAUCAAGCAAGACAUGGCAACCCUCUUCACCUCAAACCUCAACCCCAAAUCACAGUCUAGCGUUGAAUUCAACCUGAAAAACUUCAAUCUGGCAUCCCAUCUACAUUGUUAUGGAGGUCGUGAGACGGAACAGUACAACAAUACCAAAAAUAUAUAGAAUAUAAGAAAAAACACACAAAUCAGAGGGUGGAGAUGGUUUUAUUUACACAUUGUUUUAUUUAGCGAUAUGUUAACGUUGUUUUAAUGAUAUAGAUUUUGGAACAUAUCAGUGCAGCACUGCUGCUCCCUCAGACCUUCAGUAUCUGUUCACAUUCAUGCUAUGAAUUUUCAUCCGAGUCUGUUUUAUUUGGAAUAAACUACUUUAGUUUCCUCAGUAGUUCUUCCUUUAGUCUGAUGUGAGAUCUGUAAAUACAGCUUAAGUGUUUAGAUUAGAUUCGAGGCCUUAGACUAGAUCCGUGUCUGAUUUAUACCUGACUGCUGUUUGUACUGUGUGUCUGAACUAAA